AUGGAAUGGGAAAUGAACUUCGACGAAUUGGAAAGAAAACACUGUCAACUGAAAAGCUCCGGUUCGGGACUUGCCGCGCAGCGCACCGACCCAGCCCGCCACCGCCUGCCCCGCUCGUUCCGCGCCACGGACGCGUUCACAAAUUGUCGCGCGUGGCAGCCACCGAGGGAAAGGCGACGCGCGCGCGCGCCGGUGAUGGCAGCGGUUGCAAGGCAUCUGAGUACACGCAAGGAUCCUUCCGUGACGAUAGGGAGCUCAUCGCCGUAUGCGCACCGUCACCAACUACUUCCUGGUGAACCUGUCGCUCUCCGACUUACUGAUGGCGCUUCUCAACUGCGUCUUCAACUUCGUCUUCAUGCUGAAUUCGGACUGGCCGUUCGGGCCCGUGUACUGCUCCAUCAACAACUUCGUGGCCAACGUGACAGUGGCCGCCAGCGUCUUCACCCUCGUUGCCAUCUCGCUCGACAGGUGGUUCGCAUGUUCAUACUGGUGGUGUCGAUAUUCGCUCUGUGCUGGCUUCCGUACCACGGAUACUUCAUCUACGCUUAUCACAAUCAAGCAAUCUCCACCAGCAGUUACGUGCAGCACCUGUACCUCGCCUUCUACUGGCUGGCUAUGGCCAACGCUAUGGUUUCAUCGCCCAGACGUGAUUGAGCCUGGCGAGCCUUUCAAGCCUCCAAUUGGCAUCCUCUCUGAAGAUGGCUGUGCACGUCAACGAAGAUACUUUGAACAAAAGCCUUUGUGGAGUUAUUGUCACAGGCUGAUGUAUUUUAUCUCAGUAGAAACCUCGAAACAAUAUUAUGAUGGACUUCAUUUAACGAUUAGCAUUUAGAUGCAUUGAAGGUUAAUAAAAAAGCGCAUGCGACAAUAAUCGCGUGACAGCAGACGAAUGCCCAGAAUGUGUGUUCUGUCCUCUCCAGAAUUUAAAAAAAUCUAUAUUUCUUUUUCUGGCUGGUUAUCAUUACGAGUUAUACUCGACAUAAGUAUGUACUAUACUCUUUUCAAGUCACUGUUAACGGUCAACUGAUUAAAAUAAAAAUAGCAAUUUUGAUAU